ACUGUGACGUCGGUGAACACAUCACCUUAACCCUGCAUCCUCCUUUACUUCCAACCACACAUAAACAUUCACAUACAUUUUCUCUUCCUCUUUUCCUCCCAAAAACAAAAAACAAAUAUCAGAGAAACAGAACCGACACCAAAGAAAAAAAAGAAGAAAAAAACCAUGCUUGAUCCACGAACACACCACCCCAUGAAUUCAUUUCAAUUGUACGAUGGAACCAGACACAAAACACAAAAUUAUCAUGACACAUGGGAAGCUACGAACUCUGGUUUGUGGCCUUCGAGACAAGCUCAAUUUGGAACAGAACCUAAUGAAGUGGAUGAGUCUGGUAUCUAUACACAUGGGAACCAAUAUCGCAUAAACCAUAACCGAAGCCUUUCCCCUGACUCAAGAACCCAAGCCAUAGCCAGAGGCCAAAGGGAGCUCAUGGAAAUGGUUCGGAACAUGCCCGAGUCAAGCUACGAGCUUUCCUUGAAGGAUCUCGUUGAGCAUCACAGGGUUAAUCCUAGACAAGAGGAUACGGUGGAGGAGAGGAAUUUGAACGUGUACAAGAGGGAAGGUAGUGGUAGAAAGGUUGUUAAGAUGGCAAAGGUUGUUAAGAAAAGUGGAAACAUUGAUCGUGGAGGUUUCUACCUCAAAAUGGUGCUCCCUUUUUCUUUGGGAUCUAAGCAAAAGAAAAAGAACAAGAAGAAAAAUGAGGCAGUGGGGAGUAGUAGUUCAAAAGUUUCACCUAAACCAUCAGCUUCUGAUGGAUCAGGAAAGGGUGUUGUUGUUGAUAAGGAGUGGUGGAAGAAGAGCCCUUCAGCGUGUAAGGAGAGUGAUAGUGGUGAAUCAAGUAUCAAUAGUGGAAGCGUGAAAAGCUCUGGUAGCAGUAGUAGCAACAGCAGCUGUAGCAGAAGUAAUAGCAGGCAUGAUAAGAGUGGUGGUCGUUGCUGGAAUUUCAUUCGCAGACCCAAAAGCCGAACACAAAAAUAAGAGAUGCCUGAUCAGAUGAAACAGAGUAUCAAUAUGAUCUACGUAUUCAUGUUACUUAACGAGCUUUAUUUUCAUAAACUCCUCACAAACUCUGCUACAAGUCAUUUGAUAACAACUUAGUUUCAUUGUAACUUUUAAUGACUGAUUCAGGUAAGUUCACCUUGGAGUCUCAUAAAAAUGUGAGGAUAAAGCCUGUAUAAUAUCAUUAUGCUUCAUGUAAUUAUAGUGUUACUGAUUUUGAUGAGGCAGAUAUAAGCUUGUAUGCAAGGAUAGUUUUUAAUGUCUUUAUUCUUUGUUUAUAACGUCAGAUGAAUAUGUAUUCGCGACUGAAAACAUUUUGUGAAGAGUUGUAUCGGACAGUUGAAAUAGUUGU